AUGGAGUGUGGAAUCAAGCCUUUGAAGUUUGAUGAUAGUGUUGAUGUUGAUUCGACAUAUUAUAGAAGCUUGAUUAGGAGUUUGAGAUACUUGACAUGGAUGAGACUGGAUAUUAUGUAUAGUGUUGGAAUUGGGAGUCGAUUUAUGAAGAAGCUAAAGUCAUCUCUUCUUAAAGCUGCAAAGAGGAAACUUCGUACAUCAAAGUUUUUCAUGAACAAUGCAAAUGUAACGAUGUUCAAUAUCACUUCAUUCGAGAUCAGGUUAAAGAGAAUGAGGUUGAAGUGUUGCAUGAAGAUAGAAGAUCAAGUAGUAGCGGAUAUUUUUACUAAACCUCUCAAGAUCGAUGCUCUCCGGAAGUUCAAGAGCUUACUUGGAAUGAUCGAUGAAAGAGAAUUUGGUUUGAGGGAGUCUUAG